AUGAAACUUCGUCUAACAAGAUCUGACUCCGAUAACCACACUGAGUUUCUCAUUGUGAGUAAAUCAUGGACCAAUCCAAGAGUACCCCAUUCAAUGGCUAAAAGUGCUCAUCCUUUAAGGACUGAGCUUAAGAGCAACACAGCUCUUAACAACGUUGGUGGGAAAAGUGAUGUAGAACAACCCGUAGCUCAGAGUAAACACUUGAGCAAUAGAACAGAGAACAAAUAUGAGAUCGAGAAGAAGAAUUAG